AUGGUGACCGCGACUCGACGAGGCAUAAUCCGUCCAAGUCAAACCCAUUCCGAGACGCACAUCGACGGAUCCGCCUCCACGCCGGUCCAAAUCGACGAACCAGCCUCCGAACCGACGAUCCAAGAACCUCUGCCGCCGAAUAUCACGAUGCUCGACGAAGCCGCCGAUGGAGGAGUUGAACCAUGUUUGGAGAUGGUUCUAUUUGAAGGAGUAGUCGAGGCCGAGUCUUUCGCUACGGCGGAAGAUGAACCGAUGGCGGAUGAAGAAGCCACGGCGGAGAAACCCGAGGACCCGGAGAUUCCUCGAGAUGCACAGACGACGGUGCCAAUCCCAAACUCCGCCGAAACCCUAGCUCCACCACCAACUGAUGGAGCGACUGAAGCAGCCGUCACUACACCUCCGGUGGUGACCGUCCGAGACGAGCUCAACGCCGCCGCAACAGAGUUCUUGGAGCCCGACGCUUCGGUUCCUCCGAGAGAUUCAAUUCCGGUCGCUUCUCAACCUCACGGUGAUGAGGCUCUCGACGAACUUAACCCGGGGCAACCUUUCUGUUCUGAGCAGAAGGAGAAGUCGCUUGGUCCUCCAAUUGAGACAACGCCGAAGACUCCUUCUUCAUUUCCCGAUCAAACUCGAUAUGCACUCUCCGAUGAAGAAAAGAGUGAUGAAGACGCUUGCUUGAUAACUCGAAAGCGUAAAGUACUUCGUUCAACCGGUCUUCCGCCACCAUCCAAGAAGCUGAAGGAGAAAGUUCCCGAAUCGUCUCCAUCUCCAAAGCCAAAAGCCUCCAAAACACGAUCUACUCCGGUGAAGAAAGCUCCAGCUCGAGCUAGUUCACGUGCUAAAGGGAAGGCGAAGCAAACCGAGGGUUCUAAGUCCAAGAAACCGUCAUCUCUGGACAGGUUUGCGAUCUUUAGCUCUCGUGGAAUCUUGGAUGAGCGAAUUGUAGAUCUUAAGGCUGAAGCUAAGUGGGGAUAUCCUGAUAUUAUCAUCAAAGGAGGGUUUAAGUCUAUGGUUGAGGGUUUGGGAAGCUAUGUUAGCUCGCAAAUUGUUGAAUUCUAUGCUGCAUUGCCUCAACCAGGAGAUGAUAGUGUUCAGGUGUCGAUCAGAGGUUACAACUAUGAGUUUUCACCUGUGAUUGUCAAUGAGUUUCUCAAUAUGCAGCCACUGAGUGACGAGAGAAAGCUUGAGGCAGACGCAGACUCUGUCAGUCUAAAGACAUUGGCUCAGUUGUUUACUCCGAAUGAGAUGGCAGAGUGGGCUGAGAUCUAUUCGAUUGGGAUGACUCCAUGUUAUGCAUCCUUGGUCAUUGUUGGGUCACACAAAUGGAUGCCAUAA